CCGGAUUGGAUCUUGUGAAACGUCAAAAGGCAUUCAAAUGGCGCGCUUUGAUGAGUCCUGAAUUUUAUUGUAAAUUUUAAUUGUUUUCAGACGUUUACAGUAAAAUUUAAGUUAAAGUGUAUGAAAUAAUUAAAAACAAUGGCAUCUAAUAAUAAAACAUUGUACCUGAUUGCAACCAAACUGGGUUUGGGUGAAGAAGAUAAAGUUUUAAAAAAAGCUGCAGAGUUUGAGAGGCUGCUACAAACAAAGAAUAUAGCGGGAAGCAAUAUAACUGAUACCAGUAAAAUUGUUAUCUGUUUGGACCUGGCUGCAAGUGUUCUGGGAGCAGACUUAGAUAUUAAAUCAGCAGUGAAAUACUCGGGACUAAAAACCUCAACUUACAAUAACACUAAGAAAGUUGUACAGAAUCUUCUAGAACUGAACAGUGAUAGACUGAGUACCAACAUGCUGUGUCUGACGCUGCAGUGCACUGGAGUACAGGAACUCGCCGACAGAAUACUUGCAGAAUACCAGCAGCAAGCUAAAGUGGAGGUGGACCUGAAUUUACCACAAUACGUCUGUAUGGCUGUCUAUCAGGCUUGCAGGCUAAACAAAGUGAAAGUAGCUAAAAGUAGAAUAAUAGAGAAAUCAAGACUGAAGCCUACACAGUGGACCAAGUUGGACGCCGACUGGACAAAGUUCACUGACCUCCACUUCGCCGCCGACAAAAAGAAGGGUCGACAAACUAAGAAAACUGCGGAAAAUGUUGAAACUGAAGAAUUAAUGGAGGUCGAUGUACCUAAAGUAGAUGAGGUUUUGGAAGAGAAAAUAGAGUCUUACGAAGACUGGAAGAAACGUAUGUUGGAGACAGCGUAUAUAGAGUUAAAAGAACUAGAGAAAAUUGAAAGGAAAAAUGUGACCCCCAGAAAAUCUCCUAGAAAGACUCCACAAAAGUUCGCCCCCUACAAAAGUCCUGUUAAAACUGGCGGCGUAAGACUAUUAUUCCCAUUAGAACUAUGAUUUAAAAAUAUUAUAGGUAAAGUUGCUAGCAAGUCAACCUAUACUGUCAUUUCACAUUGGAUUUUCGACUUUACACCCAAGCGAUAAAGUUGAAAAUGUUAUAAAGAAAUCGACAAGACUAGAUUGAUUCUG